AUGGCUUCGGCAACAGGCCGUCAGAGCGGCUCGCUCGACGUUGGCGCCUCGGUCGAUGACUUCCCCGCCGAGAGCGAGAGCUUGCUCGGACGGCUGCACGAGAGCGCCUCCGCUGCAGCGGCCGCGGACGAGGACGCCGGCGGCUCGCAAGACAGCGCCGGUGCUGUCGCGGAUGACAUUGGCAUCAUGCUACACCCCGUCCCGCUCGACCCGGGCCUGUACCUCGUCGCCACGCCCAUCGGCAACAUGGAAGACAUCACCCUCCGCGCCCUCAAGACGCUCGCGGCGGCAGACAUCGUGCUCUGCGAGGACACGCGCACGACGCGGGUCCUGCUGGGCAGAUAUGGCAUUCGCGCCGAGCGCCUCUUGAGCUAUCACGAGCACAACCGCGCCCAGCGUGGAGACCAGGUCCUCCGCGAGCUGCGCGCCGGCAGAUCCGUCGCGCUCGUCAGCGACGCCGGCACGCCGGGCGUGAGCGACCCGGGCGCCGACCUUGCGGCAUCGGCGGCGGGCGCCGGGGUGCCUGUGGUGCCUGUGCCCGGGGCGUGCGCGGCGGUGUCCGCGCUCGUGGCGUCGGGCCUCCCCACGGACGAGUUCACGUUCGUCGGGUUUCUGCCGAAGAAGGCGGGCCAGCGCGCGAGCCGGUUGCGGGAUCUGCGGGCCUACGGGGGGACUCUCGUGUUCUACGUCUCCCCGCACAACGCGGCCGCGGUGCUCGAGGACGCGGCGAGGGAGCUCGGCGAGGCACGGAGGUGCUGCCUGGCGCGCGAACUCACCAAGAAAUUCGAGGAGCACGUUCGCGGGAGCCUCGGUGCGCUCGCCGCGCGCAUUGCGGCGGACCCAGAGCGGCCGCGCGGCGAGCUGACGCUCUGCAUCGAGGGCUGCAGCGCGGACGAGGCCGAGCGGCUGCGCAUCGCGGCGGCGGCGGCGGCCGGCGGCGUCGCGCCCGGCGGGGAGGAGGGGGGUUUGGAGGAUCUGAUACGAGGAGGGUUGGCGGCCGGGAGGGGGGUGUCGGAGGUGGCGAAGGACGUGAGCAAGCAGACGGGGGUGCGCAAGAAGCAGGUGUACGCGCUGGCGCUGAAGUUGGCGCAGACGGAACCCCACGGGACGCAGUAA